GUAUUUCGAUCGAUUUAAACUCGACCCUGCUGCAGAAAAGCAGGUCGGAACUUAAGUCAUAUGUUAAAAAUCGAGACGGGAUAUUUUUGUAGUGACACAAAACGUCAUUGAACUGGGGUAGUAAUAUCGAAUCGACUAGCCGAGCUUGGUCAGUUGUGAUGGCAGGCGGAGGGGCAGCAGGUGUCGACCUCAGCAGGAAGUUUGUGUCGGAAGCUGAGCUUGAUGAGAGGAGGAAGAAGAGACAGGAGGAAUGGGAGAAAGUCAGAAAACCUGACGACCCUGAGGAGGCCCCAGAGGAGGAGUAUGACCCGCGUUCCCUUUACGAGCGACUGCAGGAGCAGAAAGAUAAGAAACAAGAGGAGUAUGAGGAGCAGUUCAAAUUUCGGAAUAUGGUGAGAGGAUUGGACGAGGAUGAGAGCAGCUUCCUGGAUGAGGUUUCCCGGCAACAGUGUCUGGUGGAGAAGCAGCGCAGGGAUGAGGAGAAGAAGGAACUGUUGGAAUACAGAAGUGCUCUAGUGAAACAAGCAUCCACCGAAAGCCGCAAAGAGCCUGAAAAGAAGGUAGCGCCUAAACAUACAGGGACAGAGCAAAGGACGAGCCUCCUGUCUCAGGCCCAUUUAUUGGUUGGAGCUGUCAAGAGACGCAGUUCGUCCCAGUCAUCAGACAGCAGUAAGAAACAGAAGACAGAAAUCAAAACAACAGCAACAACAGGAAAUGGAGAGAGACACACAGAACAGGAGGAUGGAGCAGGAGGUGGAGCAGGGGGAGCUGAAGAUCAACAAAUGGUCCCCGGGCUGACGACAAAGACACCCUCAGCUCCUCUGAGCUCCGGUCAAGGCGUGGUACACCUGCCAUCAGCAGCUGUGUGCGUUGGUGUUUUACCUGGACUCUGGGUUUAUUCCGGCAGCAGCGACUCCGACAGCAGCUCAGACAGCGAAGUUUAAGCCGAGCAACCAAUCCCGCACUGCCUACCCUGACGACCUCCUGCCCCCCCCAUACACACCCCCCUCCCAACCCAAGUCACAGCGACUGCAAGCUGUGCUGUUGGCUGAGGGAACAGUGAUUGACAGCUGUGGAGCAAGGAAGAGACUGCUUUAGACUGUGUCACAUGACUCACAUCUUUUAGCUAUCAGCAGCAGAGGAGAGCAAGCCGGGGAAGGACACUUCUGUCUCUCUCUUUGGCUUAAAUGCAGAGUUUGAAUAGUUUAAAAAUUAAGGUUUUUAUUUGGUGAUGUAAUAUUGUUUUCUCAGUUGUUUGUCUCAUGUCACAUCAUGCUGGAGAGAUGCUGGACUGUUUGCUUGUGUCUCAGGUGGAUCUUUGGUUGGUCAGCAUCUGAAAUAAAGAGCUUUCCCUUGUA